UCCCUCCUUCACUCAGCUCUCACAGCCCCUUCUCUCUCUCUCUCUCUCUUACUCUCUCUGACUCUGACUCUUCACCUCGAUCAUUCGCUCUCCGUCUCUCAGGUUGGAGGAAGGAUGCUGCCCCACAGGCUGCUGGGUCUGCUGGGACUCCUCGUGCUGUGCAUAGGUCAGGAGGAGAGCGGCGAGGUCGAGUCCUGCGAUAACUUCACAGACCUGAACCUGUCGCACUGCUUCAUGGGAACCAGCCUGUACGUCCGGCUGCUGCUCUACACGCGCUCCAACCUCGACUGCGGCCGCGAGCUCGACCACCGCCACCCGUCCUCCCAGCCGCUCUUCAAGCUCCACCUCCCCACCGUCUUCGUCAUACACGGCUACCGGCCCACCGGAGCGCCCCCCAUCUGGAUCGACCACAUCGUCCGCCUGCUGGCCGAGCAGGAGGAGAUGAACAUCAUCGUGGUGGACUGGAACAAGGGGGCGGCUAACCUCAACUACUUCACCGCUGUGACCUACACCAGGGACGCGGCUCAGAACCUGACCGGCUUCAUCGUGACUAUGCAGGAGGAAGGAGCCUCUCUGAGCUCAGUCCACCUGAUCGGAGUCAGUCUGGGAGCUCACCUGGCUGGAUUUGUCGGCGCGAACCUGAAGGGAAGGAUUGGACGAAUCACAGGUCUGGACCCAGCAGGACCGAUGUUCACCAGCGCAGCAGAGGACGAGAGGCUGGACCCGUCAGACGCCAUGUUUGUGGACGUUCUUCACACCGACAUGAACUCUUUCGGACUCCGAGGGUCUCACGGUCACAUCGACUUUUACGCCAACGGAGGAGCUGACCAACCAGGCUGUCCCAAAACCAUCUUCUCAGGUAAAUCCUACUUUGUGUGCGACCACCAGCGCUCAGUGUUUCUGUUCCUGUGCUCUCUGAACCGGACCUGCAGCCUCACAGGAUACCCCUGCGCAUCCUACAACGACUUCCUGGACGGGCGCUGUCUGCAGUGUGAGGCCUUCAAACCCGCCCCCUGUCCUGUGCUCGGUUACGAUGUCAGCAGGUGGAGAGAACCUCUGCUCCAGCUUGGACAAACCAAAGUCUUCUUCAGCACCACGGCCACGCUGCCCUACAGAAAGCUGAGCUACAGGGUGGACAUGGUCACCUGGAACCAGUACCUCCGCUGGGGGGUCGUCUUCAUCCGGCUGCACAGUGGCCGAAACUUCACAGAGGCUCGAUUAGACCAUAAGCUGCUCCGGUUCGAGCAGUACACCUCCACCCGGCUGCUGGCUCAGUUUGACGAGGAUCUGCAGCAGGUUCAGAAAAUCUCCCUGAGGAUCAACACGGGGAACGUGAUCGGACCUCGAUACAAAAUCAGACUGCUGAGGAUACGCUUCACUCCGCUGGACCGCCCUGAGAGGCCCGUGAUGUGCCGGUAUGACAUCAUCAUGGAGGAGAACAUGGAGGUUGCUUUUCGACCUUUACCCUGCGGCUCUCGUCUUUGACUCCCUGAAAGGACGCACCUCCUCUUCUUUUUUCUCCUCUUCUUCUACGGAAACCUCUCCAACCGACCCGGACACAGCCGACCUCCCGGGGCUACAGGGUGGUCUUCCGGCCCCCGGUUGGCCCUCCUGGUUGGACGACGAAGACGACCUGGCGUGUGCCGUGAAAUACCCGGAGUACUGGAAGAUUCACCUGUGGUUGUGGACUAUUGAAGCCACCUGUCUGCUGCUAACGGCGGGGUUUUUAGUCACAACUUAACUGUGAGAUCUGUAAACGACACAAAACCAGAUAAAGGAAAACUGAGUCUUACAUCAGGGUGAGAUCAGAUCAAAGUUCAGUAUCAGGUCUGUCUCUGGCUGCAAGACCAACUUACAUGCAACUUUCAGAAUCUAGAACAGUCCCUUUAAAUCUGAUGAAACAUGUAUUUCUACAAAGCUCGGAACGUCUGUUUUUUUCGUACAUCAUCAUCCAAAACCACAAUUUACAAGAGACAUGACUUUUACAUGAAACUCAGAAGUGUUCCUAAAACAUAAAGACACACUGAAGUGCUUUAAAGACAAUGUGAAGUGUUGAAAAGUAAGUAGAGCGUCAGGCAGGCACCUCUCAGGGGAGAAAUUGUCUUUAAAAUAAUGAACUAACGUCAUAUCUGUGAGGUUGUAACACUUGUUUUUACAUAUCUAAAUUCUGUUCUUUGACUUUAAAGGCUUUGAUCUGCUUUUUGAAUCCCAAAAUUGACACCUUCCUUUCUUUAUUUCGUGCUAUUUUGUCCCUUUUGGCAUGCCGUAGCUAAGCAGCCGCAGUGUCUUCCUGCUUCCCGCUGCAGCCAUGAUGGAAAACGACACAGCUGUGCUUUCGAACGCCACAUCAUGUUUUUAAAAACUCUCAGACGGCUCGGUUAACAAGUUGAAAUAAUUUUCACUUUGUGUCAAACUGAAUUAAACAUCACUGAAGUACUUUGAGUUAGAGCGACCACCUACUAGCUUAGCAUAGACUACAGACCACACUGGUGCAGCAUCUCACUCAUUUCGAAGUCCAUAAUAUGGACUUAGAUACGAUUUCAGAAUGCAAAAUAAUGGGAUUUUAAACGUGCAAUUCAAGGAAAACACAAUUUUUUGACAGCCCUACUUCUAAUAUCAUAAUCAAGAUUGUUACUUGAAAUUUAGGGACAACAUGCUCAAAUCUUUUUCUCUUCCUUUUAUCCAAAAAUAACUUCAACUUUUGAGCUUUCUUUAUUUUUUUUCUUCCUCCCAACUUUGAGUUUUUUAUAUUUAUAGUCCUCCCAGUUCAUGCAUCCUCCUCUUAAGGCCCUCUCUUCUUACUCCACCUCAUUGCCUACUUUUUAAACCUUUGAGGGUCUCAGCAUUUGGAUUUUUUUGAGAGUUUGGGCUUUCAGUUUCCUCUCUUACACGCAAAAACUGCCAGUACUAAAAAUUGUAAUACCGGAGGAACUGUAAAAAUAGUUAGAAGUUGUCACUCGUCGAAUUGAGAGACUUGCAGUUUUCGUAAAAUCUUGAAUCGACCGACUUUUUACUGGUUUCAGUAACAAAGAAGAGAAGGGUGCAAAGACUGUUUCUUUGUGUGCCUUUAGCAGCAGCUCUCAGCCUCUCUGGUUCACUUCUCCUCUGAUAAACUCACAUUUAAAGCCACUAUCCUGUCGUUAAAUGAAGAACUGAGCCGCUGUGACUCCAGGCUGAGAGCUGCUCAUCCAUCGCUGUCGCUGCUAUGACGUUUGUCCUCAGAAGUCAGCUGCUUCACUGCAGAGUGUUUGUGUACGUGUGUAAAGUGAUAAUAGUGAGUUAUAAGGAGGAUUAUGACGUGUUGGUAGGUCGUGUAUUUAAAGGUGACAUAUCACGCUUUUUUCAUCAACAUAUAUUGGUCUAAGAGGUCCCCAAAACAUGUCUUUAAAGUUUAUGCUCAAAAAAACACUUUGAAAUCAGAUUCUGGUCUGCCUGAAAAAUCCUCUUCUUCAGUCCCUCCUCAGAACACUCUGUUUUCUCUCUGACCACGCCCCCUCAGGAAGUGGAUGUGGUUCUCGGCUGUCCGGCACGUUGAUCUAAUGUUUAAUGUUGGCUGAAUAUUACACGGCUGCUCAGAGAAUCACGUUACUUCAACCCUCUGAAUCUGAUCCAGAAUCUGAUCCUGACGGAGAGGCGCCUGCAGCAGGCCUUUCUGAACCAUUGGUCACAGAUUUAGUGUUUCUUGUUUGUUUUAUUUUGUCAGUAUGUCGACGUGUUGUCUUGGUACACAGCUACGAACAUGUAGCUAUGUGGCUAUGCUAACUAGCGCUAGCACUUAUCCAUGAUAAAUAAAAUCCUCCACUAGAUCUUCAAAUCUGCAGACGUGGGGAGUAAAACCGACCUUUGUGUUUAUUAAGACAGCCUACAACUAGCAUGCCUCCCUCCUAAGCUCCUUGUUAGCACACAUUUGUGCAGGGAAUGAAAAACGGAGGAGGGGUUGAGUUGUAUUUUAUACAGUCUAUGGACUGAACAAGCUCCGAGCUCUGACUCCGUGACAGACCGGAUAUUGUUGUUACGUAACAAAAACACUGAAGUCUGAAACGGCUGGUUUCAGCACACAUUUACAGAAAGGUGGAGAAAUCAGAACAGGGGCAGAAUGGAUUCUUUUCAUUCUCGGGGGGUUUGUAGACAGGGACACAGAUUUCAGGUAGAGAAGCAUUAAAAAGUCUAUUUUGCAUGAUAUGUCACCUUUAAGGAAGUUUUGAGAAGGACCACAGACUGUUUUAUCUUGAGGUAUCUUUCAGAGUGUUUAGGGACUUGUGUGUCGUGAGUUCUGACAAACUGAGCAGCUGAUUCAAAUGUUCAAAAAUUUCUUUUUUUAUCCUGUAUUUUCACACAAAGUUUAAAAUAAACUUUAGUUUCAAAUCUA